GAAAUGAAGCAUUUUUGAACAGAAAUGUUUUUCAUUGUCUGUUUCAAUGUAUCAGUCUCUGAAAUCUUGGGCUUUUCAGUUCAAUCACGAUAUAGAAUCAGACCAGAAGCUCAAAUAUUUAGGAAUCCUUGUUUUGCUGUAAAAAACGUUCAAAAGUAAAACUAUAAAAGGAUCUAAAAAAAAGAUUCCCCUUCACUUAAGUGUUAUUUCCUGGUUCUGAGGGCUCUAAAAUCUGUUGAUGGUGCAGACAGAAGUGCGCCUGUAGGUAAGCCUCUGAGCGCCUCGCUCCAUUAGUCUGUGAGGGCCUUGGACCGGAGCCCAGGAUGAAGGACCGUAAUCAUAACGCGACGGGAGGUUCUUCCCCUCCUGACGCGCCGCCUCCUCUUUGGCUCCGCGGGUCUCUAAUUAUCUGAUUAUUCCUGCGCGCCGCUGCCAGAGGCUGCGUUGCAUCUCCACGCUUUAUUAAGUCGGGACUCAGCAGAUCCUCCAGAGAGAAACGUCUCCACUGCAGGACGGGAGGCGGCACGCAGAGGAGGAGAAGAGAUGCUGACUCAGCUGGUUUUGGGAUGGACUGCCUUGCUCAGCAGCCUGCGGCAGCCGGCUGUUGACACGAGAUUUCUAUCCGGCAGGGGGUCCUUUCCAAAAUGUGAAGUCUUCCCUCCUCCGCCCCCCCCACCGCCUGCGUUUCCUUCAGUCCGACAGGAAGCAGCACUGAUGCUUGAUGUGACCGAACACAUCACAGGAGCCAAAGGGGAGAAGGGCUGCAGAGGACCCAGAGGAGCCAAGGGGAAGCCCGGUGUGACCGGUCCAGAGGCAGAACCUGGAGCACAGGGACCCAUGGGAGAGCCGGGUCAAAAGGGGGACAAGGGGGGCCGAGGCUGGAGGGGCCUUUGUGGAGACGUAGGAGCGGCCGGGCUGAUAAAGGGCAGCAAGGGGCUUCGGGGAUUCAGAGGGGAUAAAGGCGUGAGAGGAAACACCGGACCCGGCGGCCAGAAGGGCGAGGGGGGCGGGGCCGCGGCGCCAGGCCAGAAGGGCGAUCCGGGCCGGUGGGGAGACGCAGGGCCGCGGGGCGAACAAGGACCAAGAGGAGAGCCUGGCGGCAGAGGAACGCCGGGGUUGGAGGGAUCUGGUGGACCUGCAGGAGGGCCGGGGCACCCCGGUCCCGCGGGGCUCUCGGGUCCCACCGGAGAGCCUGGACUACCUGGACAAGUGUUCGUCCUUGCAGGCCUGCAGGGACACACGGGACGCCGAGGUCCUUCAGCAGAAUGCAGCUGUUCACUGGUUAGAACCCCAGAGCCAACGGUCCAGACGAUCUUCGUCGCUGGCGGGGAGCGGCAGAUGAGGAGGCUGCGGGCGGAGAAUGUGAUGGUGCUGCGGACCGACAGGGGAGCUCUCUACAUCUACUCCGACUCCCAGUGGAUCAGCGUGCUGGUAAGAAGCGGCCCCGCCCACAACAGGGAAGGCGUGGUUAUGGCCGACGCGGUGACUUCAUCCCUUCUCUGUUUCGGUCCAGGAGGACCGCGGGCGUUGACCCCCCCCCCCCGCUGA